AUGGUCUCGAAGGAUGCCCUCGUGAAGGACGUCGGCGCCCUCAUCGAGCGGCUGCAAUCGCUCGCGCAGGUCGUGAAGGACCGAUCGGACGCCUGCAAGCAGGACCUGGCGGCAUCGUCGCCGGAGAGGACGACAUCUGCCGCCGACUCCGAGGGCGCCCUCCCGUCGUCGACGGAGAAGAAGCUCCGCAUGGUCUCUCGCGCGCUCAACGGCCGGCUGAAGGACACCAUGGACGCCCUCACACAGCUCAAGCGCAUCGCAGACGACGCCCUGGUGCUCUCCCCCGAGGACGACGCCUCGGCCGAUCGGCUCCGAGCGCUCGGCGCCGAGCUGGCGCUCGCGAGGGAAAACGCGAGCGACGCGGGGCUCCUCAGCGAAAAGAUCCCGGACGUGCCGGGGCGCGCGGGUCCGGACGCGGCGGACGUUCACGACGCGGACGGGAAGCGAACCCGCGCCCGCACGGGAGAGGACCCGGACCCCAUCGACCCGGACUUGGAGCGCGUGCUCGUCGCCAACGCCGUCGACGUUAAAUCCAUCAGGGACGUCGUCGCCCGACUUCGCGACAACGAACGGGACGUGGACGCGCGCGCGGCGCUCGCGCGCGAGGUUCGAUCGCUGACGUCGCCGCGGGCGAAAGAAUCGAACGAAUCGACACCGGCGGGAAUCGAACCCGCGGCGGCGUCGGACGGGAGUUCGAGCCCAACCCGCGGUUCUUCGUACUCGGAGGAUAAUUUCGCGUACGGCUCCACGCCGUUUGCGACGUUCUGGAGAGUCGUCCAGGAGUGCCCGGCGCUUCGCGGCGCGAUGUCGCGCAUGGCCAAGGUUCAGCAGGAGAACUACGGCAUCUUCAUGAACCAGAGGGGGUUCCAGGUGUGGGGGAGCAGCUCGGGCUGGCUGGUGUUCUACGCGGCGCUGGGGUGUAAGGUGUCCGGGGUCGGAUACGAGCUCCUCCGCUGCCACGUGGAUUUCGCAAACGGAGUGGUGAUGUCCAUGCUGAACGCGCUGUCCAAGCCCCCGGUGUUCAUCCACGGGGACGUGCUCGAGCAGGCGGACUGCGACGUCAUGCAGUUCCCGCCCGUCGUGUGGCUCACGUCGCAGUGUUGGGACCAAUCGCUUAAGAGUGCGGUUGCCGAAAAGUUGACUGCGCAGUGCGAGGCGGGAGCGCUCGUGGUGGAUUACGGCGAGGGCGUGGGGCUGGGCGAUCGCGGUGGGGCGUGGGAGAGGGUUGGGACGACGACGGCGCCGGUGUCGUGGAACCCCGCGCAGACCUUCCACGUCUACCGCCGCGUAUGA